AUGGGCAGUCCACUUUUCCUCCUCCUUGAUCUUUUGAAAGACCCAGACACAUCCAACAAGAUUGUCUUGCAAAUGGCUUGGUCUCAAGUCAAGGCAAUUGGUAUUGGAAAAGUCCUCGCAGCGUUAUUGAGUGCAUUGACAGUUGGAGUCUCCUCAUUCAUCAGAAUCCCCCAAAUUCGUAAAUUGUUGAUCAAAACUGAAGCCGAUCGUGUUCGUGUUGCAAAUGGAUUAUCAUUGCAAAGUUUGACAAUUGAUACAUUGAACAGCUUGAUUCAUGUAUCUUUCAAUUCUCACAAUAAUAUACCAUUUAUCAAUUACGGGGAGAGUUUACUUUUGGGUAUACAAAAUGCCAUCAUCAUCUUGUUGACCAAAUACUACAGAUUGAGAGGCAACAAUGAGAUUGACAAUGUUGCCAAGUUGCCAUUGUCCGAUGCUAUCAAAGAAUUGGCUGAUGGUUUGGCCCAUCCACUCUUGAUUAUGGCUGGUGCCGUCAUCUUUUUCACAAAGAUUGCUCCAUCUAGUCUCAUUUCAACUUUACAAAUUUUGAACAUUCCAAUUUCAAUUAUUUCAAAAAUCCCGCAAAUUAGGGCCAAUUACAAAUUACAGACUGUUAGUCAUUUGAGUGAUGUCGUGUUGAGAGCUAAUGUACUUGGUUCAAUCAUUAGAGUGUACACUUCAUACACCGACUACUCGACCAAGGCCAAGAGAAACAAAAACACUGUUGACGAAAAGAUUUUGGUUGCUGGUUACACCACUUCCUUGAUUAUGAAUUCUAUCUUGUUGGGACAGUCAAUUGUUUACGACAAGUUGGGUAAAGGCAACCGCGUCAAGGACGAUGAAACCAAAAGAGAUUAA